AAACAUAACAACUCUCUGCCCUAAAACUCUUCACCAUCUCCCUUAAAAAUCUUCACCAUCUCCCUCACCUCUCACAAUUCUGAGCGGCCUCGGUACCGGUAUCAAAUGGCGGCAAGAGGGUUGUGCGUCAGCUUAGCAGCAAUCCUCGUCGCCAUGCUAUGGAUGGGUGCAUCAGCUCAAUCGAGCAGCUGCACGUCUGCUCUCGUUAACCUGUCUCCCUGCCUGAACUACAUAACCGGCAAUGAGUCGACACCAUCAAGCUCUUGCUGCUCGCAGCUUGCCUCCGUAGUCCAGUCAGAACCACAGUGCUUGUGCACCGUCCUCAAUGGUGGAGCUUCAUCACUUGGGAUCACCAUCAACCAGACUCAGGCUCUAGCCCUUCCCGGUGCUUGCAAAGUUCAAACUCCACCAGUUAGCCAGUGCAGUGCUAAUGGCGGACCGGCUGGCUCCCCAACUUCACCAACCAUUCCUUCAGGUGGUGGAUCAAAGAAUGUUCCAACAACAGGCACUGAUUUUUCAGAUGCAGCUAUUGUCAAAAUACCAGUUUCUAUCAUGCUUUCCCUUCUCUUUACUGCAGCAUAUUUUUCCACAUCUUACACCAUUUUCUAAGAUGUUCUGCUACUCUGUAGACUCGGGAGCUCUGUUUUCCCAUAGAUUAUAGGCAUGGAUGGCAUAUGAUGUAUCGUUGAUACCCGAUUAUUUUGUUCUGUUUUUGUGAUUAAUAUGUACCCUUUUGGGGAUUAUUUGAGUUUGCACUACAUAAUAAAAAAAGAGAUUUCUGUAUC